AUGGCCCAGGUGGACAUAACGUUCCUGCCUGUGCUUGCACGAGGGAGUUCUCAACGGGAGCGCGAGCUCUACCAGGCUACUGCGAGAUCUCACGCGGCGCGACUAUCACACAAAUGGCGAAAGCUGAAGCUAUCCGACCAAGACAAUGCGAACCACCAACGUCAGCAUAUUGGCGAAGAGUCACAACCCACCGGUGCGAGCGAGACUGCAUGGAACCAGGCAUUGGUGUCGCCAAAUCUAGUUUCGAUUCUGCAAAAAGGCAACUCGGACCCAUUUAACAGUCUCGCGAUCCACGUCACACCACGCGUCAACCAGAUCUUGACUUUCUUUAAGCAUGGCUACCUCCCAAUGAUCUAUCCGGCCUUUAUGGGGUCGGAGGACGCCAUCCGACGGAUUGAGGCACUGCAAAAUCAGGAAUACCGAGACGGAGUACUAGCUCUCCGUCUCGAAUGUAGCGCCCGAGCUCUUCUCUUUAUCAAUGUGGCCUUUAUGAUUAAAGUCAGCCCUCACCAGGGGUUGGAGGACGAGGCGCUCCUGCUAAAGCACCAAAGCAUCAAAGCGCUCCGCCGCGAACUAGUUAAAGGCAGCGUCGCCCAAGCCCAAUCUCUCGUACUGGAUAGCGUCUCGAUGCUGUUCCGUGGGGCCCUGAUUGCCGGAGAUCUGGACGAAGCGGGGCUCCACGCCAACACGCUGCGCAAGCUGCUCGAGCAGAAAUACGAUCGCGAGGGCGGCGUUGUCGAUCUCGGCUUUCUCUUGCGGGUCCUCUACCAGAACAAGCAGCUGUCGGUUUUCCGCUUUUCGCUGUCCGUGUUUGACGUAGAGGAAUGGGUCCCUAAAGUGCUCGCAGCCUAUCUGGAGCCGUCCAAGGCCUACCUGGAACCCUAUCAGCAGGUCAUGCUCCGCAGACUCGAUCGCAGCAUCUCUGCGGAGCCACUCCGCUCCCUGUUCGUCGAAAUGCUGCUCGGGGACCACAUGUUCAGUCUCCCCGCUGAAUCGCACCCGGGGGAGCAGCUGUUUUCCAUGGUUCAAGUCUGGAUCCACAUCCAGGGCACCAUCCUGCACAGCCGUCUCGUCGACUUUAUCUUGAAGACCGAGGCGUCCCACCACCUCAAUUUCGACCCGACCACGGAACAGCCGAUGCCUGACGCGCGCGAGAACCUCUACUGGCAGACCCAGCGGGUGCUCGCGCUCACGUUUCUCAUCAUGUUCGAGUUCAACCGCACGAACCUGGAGUCGGUGCAGACCGUCUUUGUCAACGCGCGCGAUUUCCUCGCCCGUCUUCGAUCGGCCCUGUCGCUGACCAUGCACGCCGCGAAGCUGACACGUGACUCCACCGCCAGUGCUGGCUCGUCUGGUGACGAGAGCGAUCUCGCCGUCGAGGGACUACCUCAAGGUGAUCACAGCAACGCCAUACUCUGGGCGCUUUGUGUUGGCAGCUGGACGGAGAAGAAGCACAAUCCGCCGGCUGCUUCACCAUACAGCGCCGACGGCGAUUCUGCAGGGAACAGCGGCGGAAAUCGUCAUGGUAAGGACGGCGGUAGCGGUGGGAUUGGAACUGGUCUCGAUAACGGAACUCGCAGUAGUACUGAAAAUGAAGCCGGAACCGGAACCGGAACUGGCAACGGCCACGACAACGCCUCCACAUCCACCUCAUCCUCUGCUUCCGCUUCCGCCUCUGCCUCCGUCUCUGACGCCUGUGGCGCCGCCGACAACGACACAUGGUGGUUCGCGACGACCCUCACGCGCCACGCGCGGCAGAUGGGCCUGAAAAGCUGGCACGAGGUCAGGGGCAUUCUGCACGGUUUCUACGUCGUCGACGGGUACAUGCCGGGGUUGGACGAGUGGGUCACGCAGCUCCUCUCUGAUCAGAAUGCUUAUGUACGGUGA